CACAUGCAAAGACAUGACGUCCAUGUGCGUUGGACACUUCUGCAGUUAAAUGCUGUAAUAGUGAAAAUGCCUUAUACUUAAGUUUGUGUGCAAUACAGCCAAGUGCAAUUAUGUAUAAGGUUAAUAUUAAGAUAUUAUAUAUUGUCAAGUUGAAUGUGCGACAAAACGUCUGUUGCAUUGUUUAAGGUGAAAAUACAAGUAAUUUGGUUAUCGUAGGUGUUUAUUUAAAAUAAAUUGAGAACUACUGCUUUAAUGUUUGAUAGGACAUCUGUAGCGCCAUUUGGUGUGAGUUCGUGCCGCUCGAUUAUGAGUUAAUCUGAUUAAAAGCAUCUCCCAGUUAUGUCUGUAAAUAUUCUGCAGAUAAUGUCUUAUACAUCUUUGUCAAAGAAAUCUUUUCAAACUUGGAUUAAAUCGAUAGUUCAGGGUUUGAAUUUAACCUCAUUGUUUCCUGCUCCAACUAAUGAAGGGGGGGGGGGGGCGUCAUGUGACGCGCGCUGGUUUCAGUCAGGUCCUGUAAGCAGAUAUAAAAGUCCUGCCUAUAGCAUUCGUUUCUUAUCCGUUUUCGUCGCUCGACUGAAACAGGAAACGACUUCAUCAUGUCUGGAAGAGGCAAAGGUGGUAAAGGACUCGGAAAAGGAGGCGCUAAGCGUCACCGUAAAGUUCUGCGCGAUAACAUCCAGGGAAUCACCAAACCCGCCAUUCGUCGUCUGGCUCGCCGCGGCGGAGUCAAGCGCAUUUCCGGUCUGAUCUACGAGGAGACCCGCGGUGUGCUGAAGGUGUUCCUGGAGAACGUUAUCCGCGACGCCGUCACCUACACCGAGCACGCCAAGAGAAAGACCGUCACCGCCAUGGACGUUGUGUACGCGCUCAAACGACAGGGACGCACCUUGUACGGCUUUGGAGGAUAAAAGACGACAACCACAAACCCAACGGCUCUUUUAAGAGCCACCCACAUUCUCGCAUAAAGAGACUAAGUCGAAGAAUUGUUUUCAGUGGGUCUUUCUAAAACCCUCAACGUGAGAAACGCUUAACGUGGUUUGAUGUACUAAUACAGUGAUCUUAACAGAUCUGCCUUCCUAAACCUAUCUACUGAUAAAGUACGUUGUCUACAAAUAACACAAAAAAUCCGAAGAGUCCGGAGCACGAAUGCAACGCGUUCAACAAUAAGGCUUAACGUGUUAUUAUUAAACGAGUUGCAUUUACGUUCAGGGCCCAACUGAUUUGUCUGAACGUAGUAUAUCUUAUUAAUAUGAUGUUUAUCGAGUUUGAUUUCUCUUCUUUUUUUUGUUUAAUCGUUGGCGUUUUCUAAUAACGGUUUUCUAUGGGAGGAAAGCUUAAUGUGUUAUUAAACCUGUUGCAUUCAUAUUCAGGGCUCAUCUGUUUUUGAUGGUAUACUUUAUUAGUAUAAUGUUUAGUGAGGUAGGUCUGUUAAUAUCACUGUCUUAGUACAUUAAGCCACGUUAAGCGUUUAUGACGUUAAGUGUUUUAGAAUGUCACUUUUCAGUUUAAUGUAGGAUUGUGUAAUUCAUCAUGAAUUUAAGUAUAUCGAACGUCAAACUGUUAUAUACUUCCUCUGUUUAUUUGUUUUGAUUAUCUGUGUUUUAUCACCGUCUUCCUUCUGUGGAAGCUUCGGUCACCAAAACAAAUUUCUCGUGUGUAUGAACAUACCGAGCAAAAAUAUAUUUUUUCUUAGUUUUCAAAAUUGGAGCUAGAAUGUUGCGUAUUGUUGUAGGAGGGAUGGGAAUCUUUCUUGUGUUUGGCAUUUCCAUUUGCUUGUUUAGUCUUCCUAUUGAUUUAAAGUGAUUAAUAAAGUAAAGAGAAAACAAAA